AGCCAAUUGGAGCAAAUACUUUAACAUAAAACCAUAAUUUGACUGAGUGCAGAGGUGUGUGUUCAUAAUUGGAGCGAUUAUACUCGUAAAUCCAUUCUAAUGUCCGGCAAAACAAAUCAGACAAAAACACCCGUAUCACUUCUACAGGAAUUUUGCGUGAAAAAACGACAAUCAGCCCCAAUAUACACCCUUAUCGAGGACGGCACCAAUCAACCGACACCAGAUAAGACUUUCGUUUACGAAGUCUUGGCGUUCGAUUAUAAAGCGGUUGGUCGCGGUCGAAACAAGAACAAUGCCAAACAUGAAGCUGCCAACAAUUUAAUUCAAAUAUUACAAAAUGACGACUUAUAUCGCGACGAACUUAGUGUACAGCAGCCAGAAGUGCCUCGUGAUGCAUGCCCGGAAAUUGAUGCCGUUUCGGUGUUAAUGGACAUUUGUGUGGAUCGUAAUUUGCCGAUUGCUCAGUUUCGGAUUCAGCAAGCAUCCGGCGCUGCUCAUGCACCCGAAUUCGUAGUCGAAUGUCAAGUGGCGAGCAUUGUUCGAGUAGGUGUUUUUUCGUCGAAAAAAGGAGCCAAGCAACUAGCUGCGAAAAAAGUUCUUGCCGUUCUGCAAGAUGUGUCAAUGAACGAGGAAUUACUACAAAUAGCAAAGAAUCGAUCGGAUGAGCCACCCGAAAAGUUGUUCAAAAGAUACUACGAGCUGAAAAAGGAAGACAACCGUGUGAAAAGCGGGGUCAAAAUCUGUGACCGCUAUUUGUAUUUCGUGAACCUGAGCGAUGAGAUGAAAAGUAAAAUGCGAGAGGUUCUACACGAUGUCAAUGAAAGUGAUUCGGAAAAGGUGCAUUUGCUUUGCCAAGCAAUGAAUUGCAAGUAUAACAAGAGCCUGGUGCCGGAUCAUCCGCAGCGAGAUGUUUACUGCGUCGAAAUCUUUUGCGAAUACGAUUUAUGCUUUGCGAAUACGGAACCAGAGGUAUACGCUGAGAUAUUGGAUUAUGUACGGGUUGCUCUUAGUUUCGAACAGCGCGAGCUACAUUAUCAACUGUGAACGGAAACGUUGUACGAUUAAAUUUUGAUUGUUUAACAGCAAA